AUGACCCUGGCAGCUUCCUCUCAGCGCUCCCAAAUCAUCCGCUCCAAGUUCCGAUCUGUUCUGCAGCUUCGGAUCCACCGACGGAAUCAGGACCCAAAUCCCUGGAUCUCAGGCCCCACUCUGGCCCCAGCAUUGCCUUCUGUCCCUGCCUCUUUCUUCUUUGGUCCUGGGGUUCUGCUUCCCGAGCCAGAAUAUUGUCCUUGGAGAUCCUCAAAGAAGGGAUCUCCCAAGGUCUCCCAGCGCUGGAGGGAGCCCACAUCCAGAGGGAACCUGACAUACCACCAGUACAUGCCCCCGGAGCCGAGACAAGGGCCCAGGGCCGACCCCCAAGCUGAGGGGAAGGCCCUGGGCUCCCCAAAGCCGCCUCUGAAGAUGGGAACAAGCUCACAGCUGCCAUAUCCUAAGACGAAGCCCCCGACCCCCUCGCCACCCGGGGUCUGCGGCCCUCCGCCUCCGUCGCACAAACUGGAACUUCAGACCCUCAAACUCGAAGAGCUGACGGUCUCGGAGCUCCGGCAGCAGCUGCGCCUGCGGGGCCUCCCGGUGUCCGGGACCAAGUCGAUGCUCCUGGAGCGCAUGCGCGGCGGCGCCCCGCCCCGUGAGCGGCCCAAGCCUAAGCGCGAGGACAAAGGCGCGGCCGCUGCUCCCUGGCCCCGCCUCAGGCCCAAAGCCCUGGGAACCGCCCGCCGGCAGGGCACGAUCAAGUCGAGUCCUGCGUCCCACCAGCCGCAUCUUCCACGCGUGGCGGAUACAGUGGUGGCAGCUCCGGCUGCGGCUGCGACUCUGGCUCUGGUUCCGGCUGCGGCUCCAGCCCCGGCUCCAGUCCCAGCCCCGGCCCUGACACCUUCCUCAGCCCCAGCACCAGUGGGCCUGACUCUGGAGGAAGAGCUGCAGGAAGCGAUCCGGAGGGCACAGUUGCUUCCGAAUCGAGACAUCGAUGAUAUCCUGGGAGAUCAGACGGCACCUGAGGACUCGCUGCCGCCCAUCCCCCUGGACUUCCCAGGCUCCUUCGACGUGCUGUCCCCUUCCCCCGACUCUGAAGGCCUGUCAUCAGUCUUCUCAUCCUCGCUCCCAUCCCCCACCAACUCCUCAUCCCCCUCUCCCAGGGGCCCCACUGAUUCCUUGGACUGGCUGGAGGCCCUGAGUGGGGGUCCGCCCUUGGGCUCUGGUCCCCCAGCCCCCAGCAUCUUCUCUGCUGAUCUAUCGGACUCCAGUGUCACCCGGCUGUGGGACCUGCUAGAGGACCCGUGGUGAUGGAGUUUGUGAUUUCCAGAGACCAAUAAUGGGUGGGGGUGAGCAGAGCCUCUCUCACCAUGCACAAGAUCAGGGAGACCCCUCCCCCCACUCCCUACUUGGCCAUGAACUGGUGCUCUACAUGCCAUGUGCCUGGACUUUGCCUGCUUGGCUUCCGUGUGACCCCCCCUCCCCUCCACCUUUCCCCAUGGUUGUAUGGUUGGUGAUGAGAGGUUCAUUUGCUGCUGGCCAGGGGCAACACGCUGCUUCCUUCAGAAAUCUCAGGAUGUCCCCUUCCUUCCAGACACAUUGUAUGGUUGCCUGUCCACUGGGUGUGUGUGGGGGGGGGAGAGAAUCUGGAAGAUAGUUAUGCUGUAUGGAUUUAGGAAAGGAGCAGGGAAUAGCUGGGAGGGAUUAGAGAGGAACCAGACACAGGACUUGUAGUUACAGGUAUGAGAGAGACUCACUAAAUAGCCCAUGCUGGGCUAGAACUCAUAAUCCACUUGCCUAAGCCUCCCCCGUGCUGGGAUCACAAGCAUGCACCACCACGUUUGGCUUAAAGCAGAUGAUCAGAGCUCAUAGAGCUCUGUCCUUAGAGCAGAGAAAAUAAAUAAGAGAACCCUAGUCUCUGCUCUUGAGGAGCUCAAAGAUUUACAGGGAUCAUAUUGGUGUUUUUGAGAACCACGGUGCCCCCUGGAUAAAAUCCAGCAAAGGCCAUGACUCUUAGUAAAGACUGAAAGGCUAGAAGGCAUGCCACCUAGGGUCUGAGAAGCAUUUUCACUGUCUCUAAGGAUAAAGAGGCCUUGGUCCCUGGAACCUGGAAGACUGUAUCUUUCUUCCCAGAUCUUCGAAGAGCUGGAGGAGGCCUGGAGGGGCAGGGGACACAGGGCCACCAGAGGGAGCUCGAGCCGUCAGGAUUGCUGGAGCAAAA